UGUGUAACGUGUUUUUGUUUUGCGUUUUGUGUAGCAAACAAAUUGGGCCACCAUCUUGUGUGUUCAGUGACAUUUUUUUAAAAGGGAGACGCAAAAUAGUUUUUAAUUAAUUGUCAUAUGUAAGUCGCAUUCACAAUCAAGCAUCAUGAGUAAAGGAGAUGUACUCCAAUUCAGUAGUAAAGAUGAAGAAAUCCAAUAUUGGAAAGGUUUGGCAGAGGAAUACUUACAAGAGGUGGAGAGGAUACAAAAAGAAUCUGAUGAAUUCAUAGUUGAAUCUCAACAGCUGGAAAAAGAGUAUGAGGCGACCAUAGAGCAAAAUGAAAAGAAAAUCAAGGAUCUGUCAUUAGCAAACAACAAGGCUCAAAAUGAAAUUGAUGCACUGAAGAUCAAAGUAGAACAAUGUAACAAAGAAAAUGACAACCUGGAGACUGAAAUAACGAACUUGAAAGUGGAAAACUCGCGAAUGGCGCAGUACAUCAGGGAUCUGGAACAGAAAAAUGAUGACCUUGAACGAUCUAGAAGGAUUAUCGAGGAAAGCAUCGCCAGUAUUGAAGCAGCAUUCCAUUCAGCCAUUGAGAGAAAUGCUAUGCUAGAAUCAGAAAUAGACGAAAAGGAGGUCCUUAAGGAAAAACUGCAAAGGUUUGCUGAUGAGACAAGAGAUUUGAAGCAAGAAUUAUUAGUAAAAGAUCGAGAACAUGUCCCAGAUAACGAACGAGUUCUGAAUGGCUACAAAAGUUCACCUGUCGAUUCGAAUCGACUGAAAGAAAAUGAAACGCAAACUACACCAGUCAAACAUGAUUUCCAAGCAACAAUAUCUCCAGCGUCACGAGUAAUGGCCUUGAAUAUUGUAAGCGAUCUUAUUAGGAAAGUUGGAUUGACGAGGUGGCUGUGCUCAAAAUGUGGACAAAUUAAAUGCACCGAAUGUGUUGUCAGCAGUGCAAAAUCUGCCAGCAUUAACAACAAAUUAGGGUUUAGAACGUAAACUAGAGAAAUCGAAAUACGAUUAUAAAGAUCUAUCGACAACUGACCUUCGGUGAGUGUGGUGCUCCUGAGUUAUAGUUUAUAAUUUAUUUUUAACUAAUUUACUUGGAACGAUUUUAUGUAGUAAUAUGUGUAGUUUUGAACUUUACAUACAUACACGCAAACACUUUGAUUUAAUCAUUUUUUAAAGUGUCAGACGAACGCUAAAACCGUCGCGAUUUUAACGCUUUUUGACUGUGCACUGUUAGGGCAAUUUCUGUGAUCACGACGUUGAUAACGAUGACGGUGAGGCAGUGGCUCGACAUCAUGGCCGCCGCGUUUAGCUCAUUUUUCACGAUCGAUUGGAACAAUCAUAACUAAGAACUACUCAAGAAUGUAGAGAUUAGAAUCGCAGGUUUCUGUACAAAUAGAGCAAAUUAAAGCGACUGUAACGUUUGCGAGGUUCGAUGGCUUUAACACGCUUUUAUUAGCUUGAUCUCUAUGAAUGUAACGGAAUCUUUCAACCUAAUUUCAAGAAGUCUGAUUAUCUUGAAAAUUUGCACAUCGAUCAAGGGUCGAUGGUAUUACAUUAAUUUUGGAAAAAAAUUGAAUUUGAACAUUUUUAAACAAUUUGAAUUUUGGACUUUGGAAUAAAAUAUUUGAAAAUAUGGAAAACAAUUGAAAAAUGCUGUAAUUUGGAAAAUAAAGUUUGAGAAAUUUUGAAAAAGGGGGGCACAAACUUUACGGAAAUCAGUCCCGGUGAAUCUUGAUUAAAAUUUGGGAGCAAACUCUCCAGAGCAUCCGGAUCGAAAGUUCUCAUGGGCUGUUAGUAGUCGUUUCCAUGACAUACAGUGCGUUCUAAACAUGCUCCUAAAUAAAAAAAAAUAUCAAAGAAAACCUUUAGUUAUUAUAUAUGAUAUCCGAGGGCACAUUUCUAAAAUAGUCACAAUUGUAAUUAAAUCUUAAUUUUUAUUAUACUUGAUUGUUGGACUUUUUACUGCAGUAACACACCCUCCAUAACUUGAAAAUUACUUUCUACUCUUUUCAGUUCGAUUUGCUAUUAAAGCUAUUAAAAGUCUUUCUAGUUUUUUAAACUAUAAUUUAUUGGCCGCUCAAGUUCGUAUGAUUUGCGCUAUGCUUCGAAAAACGAAUUUACUCGAUAGACCAAUGCUUACAAAAUCGCGACUCAUUUAGCGUUCUUAUUCUAUGUCCCUAACACGUUUUUGUAAUGUUGACAGAAGAUGCAGAAAAAACAGUGUGGCGCCUAUAUAUCCAAGGAAUAACUAAAUGAGAAACAUUUAAUAUUAUAUUUUUAAUCUCGGCGCAUAUUUCAAACGAACUGUAUUUAUAAAAAAUUAUGCUGUAGAUGAUCUCUGGUUUUAUGAUGAAGCUGAAAGGAAAAGCGAAAAUACUCAUACUAAAAUAUUGAAUAAGUAUUACAUGUUGAUUGUAACUGUCUGAUGUUGAUUCUAGAAAAGUAUCAGUUAUCUCAAACUUAGUUAUCUACCCAAAUUGAUAAUAUAUGAAAUAUUUCUCAUUAUAAGUGACCUGAACAUAUUCAAUUUUUUAUUGCUUUUAUUUUUGUUGUUGGUAAACAUUUCACGAGAAUUAUGCAUGCGUUAUUUUUAUUUAUAUGGGAAGAUAGCAUUGCAUAUUUUAUUAUACAGGGUGAUUCAUACAUAUGUAACUUAUACACCAAUUUUGUGUAGCGCUACAGGCGACAUGUUUGACGAAAAUAUCCUUUUCAUACAACUUUUGGAUAAGCAGCCCUUCCUCAGGCACAUAUUUUGUUUGCAUACAUCUCGAAAACAUGUUCCCUCUGGGAAACUUUGUACUUCUCAAUUCGUUACGAAACUUUGUGCAUAUAGAAUGCAAGUGUUUCCAACAUUUGGUAUAGCUUUUUGUAGUCCUGCAUGCAGAUAACUAACUUUGACUGAACUGCAAUACAACAUAGUUUUGUGAAGGAGAAAUUGUGAUACAAUGAUCUGUGACAAUUAUUGAGCUUUGUUACCUUUAGUAUUGUCCACUUUUAUAUUUUAAUAGUUCCUACCGCAUAAUAUUUUAUAAUCGAGUCUUAGCAAACCGAAAAGGGAACAUCUCAAUUCCUUUAAUAUGGAGAUAUAUUAUUGUGAAUUUGGUUACGUGUGAUUUUUUAUUUUUUUAUGUCAUUUGUUUGAUGACAUGAAUAAAGUAAGUUUAUUUAUAUAUUUAGUUGCUAAGUAAUUUUUUCAUUAUCUUUUUUGUGCAACAUCUGUAAAUUGUUGAAUAAAAUAAUAUCUAUAAGAGUUUUUAAAGAUAACAAGUAAAUCAUAA